AUAAGGCCUUCUACAUUGGGGAAAAUAGUCACUACUUACCCACAUUAGCCCAUGAAUCAACGGUAGUCCACUUCCACCAUGACAGACAGUUCCAAAGGCGAUCAAUCGCCCAAACUCCACAAAGACCUCGCAACUGCCGAGCACGAUGAAACAGUCGGCACCAUCGAGAACACCGAAGUGUCCUACGGUGUGGGCGGGAUCAACGGUCUCUUCCGCUCAUGGUAUGUCUUCGGAUCGGCGGCGCUGGCAUCCCUCGGGGGUUUCUCCAUGGGAUAUGACAUGGGAGUGAUUUCUAUCGUCAACGUGAUGGAUCAAUUCCAUCAGGUAUUUCCUCGCUCUGAAUCAGCCUUCGGAAAGGGUCUCAUGACCGGUAUGAUGCUGUUGGGCGCCUUCGUGGGCUGUCUCUUCAUGUCGUACCUGGCGGACCGGAUCUCCCGAAAAUGGGCCUUGACUGUCGUCGUGGUGAUCUUUGAUAUCGGAGCCAUACUACAAACCUCCGCCACAAACUACGACAUGCUCGUUGCCGGUCGAUUCAUCGGCGGCAUUGGCGUGGGUACUCUCGCCAUGGGCGCCCCCCUGUACAUCUCCGAAGUCUCCCCCCCAGAACUCCGCGGCACCCUUCUCGUCCUCGAAUCCAUCUCCAUCACCCUCGGCGUCGCAAUCGCCUACUGGAUCACCUACGUCACGCGCUUCAUCCCCAGCGAAGCCAGCUUCCGCCUCCCCUUCGGCCUCCAAAUGCUCACCGCGACAAUUCUCGGCGCAGGCAUCCACCUCUUCCCAUACUCCCCUCGCUGGCUCGCCCUCGUCGACCGCCAAGACGACUGUCUCGCUAGUCUCUCCAAGCUCCGCGGCCUCCCACCCACCGAUCCCCGCAUUCAAACCGAAUUCCACACCAUCUUGUCUGAAAUCACCUACCAGCGUCUUGUCCAACAGCGUCGCCACCUCGGAGCAACAGGCCUCAAGCUCGAGCUCGUCUCCUGGCUUGAUCUCUUCUCUCGGGGGAUGUGGAAGCGUGUAGCCGUGGGCUGUGGAGUCGCUUUCUUUCAACAGUUUUCUGGUAUUAACGCUUUUAUAUACUACGCGCCUACUUUGUUUGAAUCCUUGGGCCAAUCGGACGAUAUGUCGAAGAUCCUCUCCGGAGUAUUCGAUAUCAUCCAGGUGAUCGCAGCUGUGAUCUGCGCAUUUAUCAUCGAGGGCGUUGGUCGGCGAGCACUCGCUAUCUACGGCGCAUUCGGCAUGGCCAUCGCGUACAUCAUCAUCGCCGUUCUAUCCGGCCUGUACUCAGAUGACUGGGAGGGCCAUGUCGCGGCGGGCUGGGGCUGCGUGGCCAUGGCAUUCGUGUUUAUUUUGAUAUACGGGGUGUCGUAUUCCCCAUUAGGAUGGGCGUUACCGGCGGAGGUGUUCCCCAAUGCGUGUCGGUCGAAGGGCGUGGCAUUGGCGACGUGCACGAUCUGGUUGGCGGAUUUUGUGGUGGGCAUUGUCACCCCGUCCAUGUUGGCGGAUAUCGGGUAUAGGACGUAUGUGUUCUUUGCGGUGAUGUGUACGGCUGCUGGGGUGUGGGCGGUGGUGUUGGUACCGGAGACGAGUGGGAAGACUCUAGAGGAGAUUGAUGGGUUGUUUGGGGAUAGGGGGGCUAGGGAGGAGAGGGAGAUUGUGAGGGAGGCGAUGGUGGCGGCGGGGGAUAGGGGGGUGGUUUAG